CGGGCAUGUUCAACAUUCCCAACGAAGAGGUCUUUGCCAUGUGCGUCGACUUUUGCAUCCAGGCCGAGGCUGCAGGAGGAGGCGAUGAUGGGCACACGACCGGACGCAAGCUCGACGUUGACGCGCUGGUGGCGGCAUCGCCUAAGGAACGGGCUGAGCGCCUUGCAGCGGCAUCGCCAGGCGCGCUAGCCGCAGUGGUGGCGGCUGCUAUCGACGCGCUGGAUCGCAAUCGCAUCAAUGCUGCGCGCAAGAUCCUGGCCGCAGAGGAGGACGCACGAGCGGCGGCGGUCGAUGAGACGGGCGAGCGUGCGGCGCUGGAGGCCCGGGCCCGGGCGGCCGAGUCGGCGGCAGCGACGGCGCGGCUGGCGGCGAGGGAGGCAGUAGAGGAGGCCGAAGCAAGCAACCGCCAGGUGCGGAAGCUAGUGCGUGACAUGCGGGAGAUGGCGGCGCAGGGUGUGGCGGCGCAGGCCCGCAUCGAUGCGCUGGAGGAGCAGGUCGGCAUCCUCGCUGCCGCCGCCCCGCCCUGGUUCCAGCUCCCGGCGUCGCCGUCGGCGCAGCGGGACGGCGCAUCAUCGUCACGGGUGGUGCGUCUCGAGUCGCCAAAGGCGGCUGGCACUGGCGGCGGCCCAACGCUUACGGACCACCUCAAUCACAAGCUCCUGGCGUCGAUGCUCGAGUCGGACGCGGCGGCGCGUUGGGGUCGAGACGACGAUGGCGAUGGCGACGGCGACGGCGACGGCGACGACAGUGACUCAUCAGACUGGGACCCAUGA